CACCGCGUGCUCCGCUCAAGUCGUCUGGCCGACGGACGGGCCGCGUUCCUCCGUGCGUGUGUAACAGGUAUUAUUUUAUUGCGGGCGACUUUACGCGCUGUUUACGUACCGUUUCGCAGGAUCAUCGCGAGUACUGCCUGUGAUGUGAGCCAUCCCAGGCUGAGGGGUUACUGUUUUUAAAAGGGUGAUCGUUAAUAUGCUUUGAAAAGCUUCCAGAGACCAUAUGUAUGGGCUAAAAAUGAAUGUGACUUCAACAGGAGAAACAAUAGAAGAACUCGAACGAGCUGCCGAGGAAAGGGAUGAAAGUCUCGCCAAAAUUGAGGUCGCGGUGCUAGCAGUCAUAUUCAUUGUGACUGUCAUAGGAAACAGUACCGUUAUAUUAGCUUUAUGGGCCAGAAGAAGAUGUGCAGGAAGGAAGAAACUAUCUCGAAUGUACUUCUUCAUCCUCCACUUGAGCAUCGCCGAUUUGAUUACUGCUUUUUUAAGUGUACUGGCCCAACUGGCCUGGGACAUCACGUAUAGAUUCCGCGGUGGUUACAUUCUGUGCAAAUUGGUGAAAUUCGGACAGACUUUGGGUCCUUAUUUAAGUUCCUAUGUCCUUAUGGCAACAGCCAUAGACAGACACCAAGCAAUUUGCUAUCCUUUGACCUACUGCUCUUGGACGUCCAGAAGAUCCAAGUUCAUGGUCUACAUAGCGUGGAUUACUAGCUUGGUGUUUUGUAUACCUCAAUUGACUAUUUUUUCGUACCAAGAAGUGGACGAUGGAGAAUUCGAUUGCUGGGCCACAUUUCAGGAACCGUGGGGACAAAAAGCCUAUGUGAUUUGGUAUUGUGUGUCCGUUUUCAUCGUCCCCUUGAUAGUACUGGUCUACACCUACACUUGCAUUUGCAAGGACAUUUGGCACAGCUCCGAGAUCAGUAUGAGGCCCAGGAAUUCGCUGGUCGGCAAAAAACGGACUAAAAUGCCCCUGAUAUCCAGGGCGAAGAUAAACACGGUCAAACAGACCAUCGCGGUCAUUUUUAUGUAUAUCAUUUGCUCGUCGCCGUUCAUGUUUGUACAACUGUGGGCCACGGUUGAUCCCACGAAUCCCUUCUUUCAAGGUCCAAUUUUCACUAUUUUGACAUUAUUGUACAGCUUGAAUAGCUGUGUUAAUCCUUGGAUUUAUUUAGCAUUCAACAGGGAAUUGCCAAAAUACCUACUUCGACAUUACACUGCUACAAACAAGAAGCUGAAAUCAAGUUCCAUGGGUAACAACAGUGGGAGUAAUUCCUCCGGGGAGAUCCAGAGCACAUCCCUGAGGACACUUUCGAGAUUAUCGAGGAACAACAGCGGAAGGUUGAACAGAUGUUCGGUUCGAACCGCAAAUCAAAAUUACAUCACGAAAUAUGACGCCAAAGACUGGAUAGUAGCGACUGCCACCUAAUAUUUAGUGUGCCGUUGUAGUUGUUAAGUUAGGGUUAAGUGCUUAUACUUAAGUAACUAAAUCGAUUACGUAUUAUGUUUAAGAUUGUAUGGUCCCUUUGGGGCUUCAUGUUUAUGUACAAAGUUAAUAUUUAAUAGUGGACUUUUUUAAUUUAUUUAAAUUAAAUGUGUUAUUUU